AUGACUGUAAGUGAUUUUAAUAAUUUUUCAACAAGUCUACGAGAUGAAAAGAGGAAAACUUUUGCUCUUACUCAGCUUUCAUUUCAUAGAGACCCAUCAAGUUUGUCUAAUAUUAAUAAUUUUCAGAAAAGCUAUGAUCAAUCUGCAAAUCAAUUUAGACUUGAUAAGUCUGAGAAAACAUUAAUCACAGACAAUUCAAUACCAUCAUUAGCAUCUACAGGAAAUAACUUCGUGUUAUUAUCACCAACAACAAGAAAAAAUAAUACAAUACCGUUAUCAACAAUAUCAACUGCAAUCAAUUCAACAUCAUCAUCAUUAGAAUCAACAAAAAACAGUUCAACAUCAUCAUCAUGA